GCGAAGUCAAAUGUUUGAGAUCGAUGAUACAGUACAAUAAUAUAUACUUCCAACUGCACAUGCCAUUGGCAAGUUAAAUUAAUUGCUACCAGUUUGGAAUUAAUCCUUCGACGAAAUUAGAAAGAGAUUUUUUACAACAAAGUGAUAUCUGCAGUUAAAGAGAAAUUCGGUGGAGUUUCGUUUUAUAGAAGUAUAAUUAGAGAAUGAUGUAAUCCUAAUCGUUCUUCAUACAUUGGGAUAUGAUUGAUUGUUAUUAAUACAAAAUGGAUAAAUUAACAAUUAUUUCUGGCACGUUGUUCCUUGCAGCUGACGUAUUUGCGAUCGUCAGUCUUGCAAUGCCUGAUUGGAUUAUUACCGACGUUGGUGGAGAUACAAGAUUAGGGCUGAUGUGGUCAUGUAUGACGCUAUACAAUAGGCCUCAAGUUUGUUAUAGUCCGAAUUUACAGCCAGAGUGGUUGAUGGCUCUUGUUUGCAUUUUUGUUGGAUGCAUUUUAAUAACAGCCACUAUUAUAUUACUAGCAAGCUCUCAUUGGGAUCGUAACGUUAUUCCUUAUGCAAGAUGGGUGGGAUUCACAGCUAUGGUACUAUUUUGUCUAGCAGCAGUCAUAUUCCCGAUGGGUUUCCAUAUUAACGAAAUCGGUGGUCAGCCUUAUCAACUACCAAAUUCGCACCAAGUUGGUAUUUCGUACAUACUAUUCGUUUUAGCUUUAUGGAUCACAGUAAUCUCUGAACUGUUUGCCGGGAAAGUUUGCUUACCGCAUUUUUAGCAUAUACCUCUCUACAAAACUUUUCCUUUCAUUUGGUUGAUAGCUCUCGUUGUUAUUUCUUAUAUCAUACCAUGUGAGAUCUAUUAAUCCUUCGGACUAUGAAUAAUUUUUAUCCGGUAAUUGUACCGUAUGAUACAACAUUUAAUUAGAGAGCUUACGAUUAGUGUACAUAAAUGUGAUAUUUAGGAGCAUUAAAAGGGUUUUUGUAUAUAAGUAUUCUUUAUUUAUUAAAAUAUAUUGUAUGAUUGUAAUUUUGCAUGAAUUCCAAAUGUUAAUACGAUAAUAAGGAGUAAUUGUAAGAAAUGAAAU